AAUGGCUUAAGAAAAGGAGAUUGAAAUAAAAGAAGAAAAAGAAUAAACUUAAGAACAUAAUCAUGAUCAUCCUCAUGAACAUGGCCAUUCAGAUUCUGAUGAUGGUCACAAUCAUUAAGGAGGAGAUGACAAAGACAAGAAGGCUAAUAGAGGAGAAAAAAAAUUCAAAAAGGCAAUGCUUAAAUUAGGAAUGAAACCAGUAGCUGGAAUUAAUAGAGUAACAAUAAAAAGAGGAAAAUAAUUUCUUCUUUAUAUUGAUAAUCCAGAAGUCUUAAAAUCAGCCAAUGUAGAUAAUUCUUAUAUUGUGAUUGGUGAAGCUAAAGUACAUGACCCAACAGGUUAAAUUGGCAAAAAAGAAGCUGAAAAUCUAGCUUAAUAAGUGUAAUAUUCAAUUUAUAUCUUAUAGUCCUAAAUAAGAAGAAAACAAGGAACCAAAGCCAUCUGAAACUACAGAAUAAGUAAGUGAUGAAGGUAUUCCAGCAGAAUCUAUCAAAAUGGUUAUGGAGCACUGCAAAUGCGAUAGAAGUAAAGCUGUGGAAGCUCUUAGAAAAUCUGAUAAUGACACAGUACAAGCAAUUCUCACCUUAACUGGAUGAUC